CUUUGCUCCUUUCUGAGAAAGGGUCGCUCAGCUCUAGUGUUGCCAUGUCUUUCCGACUUUCUAGCGGAUCCAGGUGGAUCUGCUCGCAAGCUGGCUCUGGUCGUCUGUCUGGUGGAGGAACAGGCUUCGGGGCUGGCAAUACAUGCGGUGGGUUGGGAGCAGGAGGCAGCUUUCCUGGUGCUCUUGGCAGUGCUUCCUCUGUAGGAGCUUUCAGUAGUAGUGGUGGAGGGUUGGGAAGCGGCGUCUGUGCUGGUUUUCUUGGAAAUGAACAUGGCCUCCUCUCUGGAAAUGGAAAGGUGACCAUGCAGAACCUCAAUGACCGCCUGGCAUCCUACCUGGACCACGUGCGAGCUCUGGAGGAAGUAAACGCAGACCUGGAGCAGAAAAUCAACGGCUGGCAUGAGGAAUACGGGCCUGGCUCUCGCCGGGAACUCGCUCACGACCACAGUAGAUACUUGUCAGUCGUUGAAGAUCUUAAAAGGCAGAUUAUUUCUGUGACCGCCUGUAACGCCAGCGUUGUUCUACAAAAUGACAAUGCCAGACUGACCACUGAUGACUUCAGGCUGAAGUAUGAAAAUGAGCUUGCUCUGCACCAGAGCGUUGAGGCCGACAUCAACAGUCUUCACAGAGUUAUGGAUGAGCUGACCCUUUGUACAACCGACCUGGAGAUACAGUGUGAGGCACUCAGUGACGAACUUACGUACCUCAAAAAAAGUCACGAGGAGGAAAUGAAAGUCCUGCAGUGUGCAGCUGGGGGGAACGUGAAUGUGGAGAUGAACGCAGCCCCAGGAGUGGACCUCACCGUUCUGUUGAACCACAUGAGGGCCGGGUACGAGGACUUGGCUGAGCAGAACCGCAGGGACGCUGAGGCCUGGUUUAAUGAGAAGAGCACUUCGCUGCAACAGCAGAUUUAUGACGAUGCAGGAGCAGCCACGGCAGCCAGAAAUGAGCUGACAGAACUGAAACGCAGUCUGCAAACCCUGGAAAUAGAACUUCAGUCCCUCAUGGCCAAGAAACAUUCCUAUGAAGGCUCCUUGGCCGAGACCGAGGGGAGUUACUGCCUUCAGCUCCAGCAAAUCCAGGAUCAGGUUGGCAUGAUGGAGGGACAGCUGCAACAGACUCGAACAGAGACAGAAGGCCAGAAGCUGCAGUACGAACAGCUUCUAGACAUCAAAAUAUUUUUAGAAAAAGAAAUUGAAACUUAUUGCAAAUUGAUAGAUGGAGAAGAAAGAAAAAGUAAAUCUACAUGUUACAAAACGAAAGGACGUGGGCCCAUAAAUUCUGAAAAUCAAAUCAAAGACUCAAAAGAAGAGACUGUUGUCAAAACAGUGGUUGAGGAACUAGAUCAACUCAGCAAGGUCCUUUCACUGAGGGUCCACUCAUUUGAAGAAAAAUCCUCUAAAAUAAGCAACAUUACAGUGGAGCAGCGAGUACCUUCUAAAGCCCCAAAAUGAGAAAGAAAGGUUUUUUUUAAAAGCCUGCCUUUGCAAAAUCCCCUUGGCCAGAAAACCCAAGGAAAUCAUUCAUUUCUAUUCUUAAAGGGUUAGAAUUCGUUUUCCUUCCCUUCUUGUUCUCAAGGUCUUUGCAUGUAAUCUUUCUCAGGAGUAGAAAAAAUCUUGCUCUGUCCCUAGUUUUUAUUUUAGGGCCUUUUUUUUGCCAUUUCAUUAAAAAUUUUUCUAUU